AUGACCAAGUUUGCAGCCCUCGGGACAUGGCUCUGCGCCGCCGGCGCGGCUUCUGCCUCGGCCCUGCUGCCCGCCCGAGACUACCCCAGCGACUCGCGCCUGGCCAAUUGCCCCGGCUACAAGGCGUCCAAUGUCAAGACGAGCGAUACGGGCUUGACGGCCGACCUGGCCCUCGCCGGCGCGGCCUGCAAUGCCUACGGCGAUGACUUGCAGAAUCUCACUUUGACUGUGACUUAUGAGACCGACAACCGUCUACAUGUCAAAAUCCAGGAUGCUGCCAACGACGUGUACCAGGUUCCGGCCUCUGUGUUCCCGCGCCCCCAAGCUGCCGGAGUCAAGCCGGACAGCUCCAAGCUCAAGUUUGACUUCAAAGAGAGCCCGUUCUCCUUCAAGGUCUCUCGCGCCAGCUCGGGCGAGGUGCUCUUCGAUACCUCGGCGGCGAACCUGGUCUUCGAGUCGCAGUACCUCCGCCUGAGGACCAAGCUGCCCGAGAACCCCAACCUCUACGGCCUCGGCGAGCACACCGACCCCUUCAGGCUCAACACGACAGACUACAUCCGCACGCUCUGGUCCCAGGAUGCCUACGGCACGCCCCAGGGCGCUAACCUGUACGGCAACCACCCGGUCUACUUUGAGCACCGCAAGGGGAGCGGCACCCACGGCGUCUUCUUCCUCAACUCGAACGGCAUGGACAUCAUGAUCAACAAGACGGCCGAGUCCGGGCAGUACCUCGAGUACAACACCCUUGGUGGCGUUUUCGACUUUUACUUUGUCGCCGGCCCGUCGCCCCAGGACGUCUCGCGCCAGUAUGCCGAGAUCGUCGGCCUGCCCGCAAUGCACCCCUACUGGGGCCUGGGCUUCCACAACUGCCGUUAUGGGUACCGGGAUGUGUUCAACACGGCCGAGGUUGUUUACAACUACAGCAAGGCCGGCAUCCCGCUCGAGACGAUCUGGAAUGACAUUGACUACAUGGACCGCCGGAGGGUCUUCUCGCUCGAUCCUGAGCGAUUCCCCCUGAACACGAUCCGCGACUUUGUGGACCAUGUCCACAAGAGCAACCAGCACUACAUUGUGAUGGUCGAUCCCGCCGUCGCCUACCAGGACUAUCCUCCUUUCCACAGGGGUGUCGAGGACAACAUCUUCCUCCUGCGCAACAAUGGGUCGAUCUGGAAAGGCGUCGUCUGGCCUGGUGUCACGGCUUUCCCUGACUGGUUCUCCAAGAACGUCAGCGACUACUGGAUCAACGAGUUCGCCACCUUCUUCUCUGCCAAUGAUGGUGUUGACAUUGACGCUCUGUGGAUUGACAUGAACGAGCCUUCCAACUUCCCUUGCAAUUUCCCUUGCGAUGACCCCGACAAGUCGGCCAUUGGAUACCCGCCUCCGGCUCCUCCAGUCCGGACGCCGCCGAGACCGCUUCCCGGAUGGCCCUGCAGCCUGCAGCCGGAGGGCACCGAGUGCAAGCGCAGCGAGCACAGCACGGAUCUCGAAGUCAGGGGCUCGUCUAAGUGGCCUCCCUCAUAUGACCACCUGGUUCUCUCGCCCCGGCAAUCUUCCGGAAACCAGCAGGGUCUCCCGGGCCGUGACCUCCUCUACCCCAAAUACCCCAUCCAUAACGCGGUCGCCUACAAGCCUGAAUGGAACGCCGACAAGGGCGGCAUCUCAAACCACACUGUCAACACUGAUGUCAUCCACCAGAACGGCCUGACCAUGUACGACACCCACAAUCUCUACGGCUCGAUGAUGUCGACCCAGUCCUACGACGCUAUGCUCCAUCGCCGACCAGGCCUCCGACCCCUGAUUAUUACCCGUUCUACCUUUGCCGGUGCCGGGUCGAAGGUCGGCCACUGGACCGGCGACAACCUGUCCACCUGGCGUCAUUACCGCUGGUCCAUCCGCAUGAUGCUCGGCUUCACGGCCAUCUACCAGGUCCCCAUGACUGGCUCAGAUGUCUGCGGCUUCGGCGACAACACUACCGAGGAGCUCUGCGCCCGCUGGGCCUCCCUCGGCGCCUUCCAGCCCUUCUACCGCAACCACAACAGCCUUGACUCGAUCGACCAGGAGUUCUACCGCUGGGACUCGGUCGCCGAGUCGGCCCGCAGGGCCAUCGAGAUCCGCUACCGCCUGCUCGACUACCUCUACACGCAGAUGCACCUCCAAUCCAAGGAUGGCACUCCGGCCGUCGUCCCCAUGUUCUACCACUACCCUCAGGACGAGAAGACGUUCGGGCUGGACUACCAGUUCCUCUACGGGCCGGGCCUGCUCGUCGCCCCUGUGCUCGAGGAGAACGCCACGAGCGUCGACGUGUACCUGCCCGACGACGUCUUCUACGACUGGUACACGCACAAGAAGGUCCGGGGCCGCGGCGCGACGGUCGCCGUCUCCGGCCAGAACGUGACGCAGAUCCCGCUUUUCCUGCGCGGCGGCGUCAUCGUGCCGCUGCGCGCCAAGUCGGCCAUGACGACGACGGACCUGCGCAAGGAAGGGUUCGAGCUGGUCGUGCCGCUGGGCAAGGAUGGGUCCGCCAAGGGCGAGCUGUACGUCGACGACGGCGUGACCAUCGACCAGGGGGGCAAGACGACGUUUGUCAACUUCUCGUUCAAGGACGGCGUCUUCACGGCCGACGGCACGUUUGGGUAUGACCAGCCGGUCAGGGUGAGCAAGAUUACGUUCCUGGGCCUGGGCAACGCGGGCGGGUGUAAGAAGAGGGGGGAGCAGAAGAAGCAGAAGCGCAUCAGCGUCAAGGGCGAUGCUGGCGUCAAGGUCGAGCAUGGCGAGUCUGGUGCUGUUAGCUUCUUGGUUGAGAAGGACUUGACGCAGGGGUUCAGGAUCGAGAUUGACGAGCAGCAGUGA